AUGACUGCAAUAGCUCCCACUGAAAUCUCGACGACGUCGAGUCCCUUCAGUGUGUCUGGCAAAACAGCCAUCGUCACUGGUGCAGGAUCUGGAAUCAAUCUCUCUUUCGCGGCACUUCUGCUGUCUCGAAACUGCAACGUCGUCUUCGCCGACCUGUCCCUGCGGCCAGAAGCUGAGGCUCUAGUUGCCAAAUACAGCGAUGCAGCAAGCAGCCCCCGCGCCGUGUUCGUCAAAACUGACGUCACGUCUUGGCCUGCCCUGUCCAACAUUUUCAGCGCCACGCUCUCGGAGUUCGGGGAUGUCGACAUCGUAUGCCCUGGCGCUGGCGUCUACGAGCCGCACUGGUCCAACUUCUGGCACCCGCCAGGCUCUUCUGAGGCCAAAGACGCCAUCGACGGAGAGCCUGGACACUACGCCCUUUUGGACAUCAACCUGAACCACCCGAUCCGCGUGACGCAGCUCGCGCUGUCCCACUGGCUGCACCCGCCGCCAGGGAGAGCUGCGGUCUCGCCGUCAAAUCCGAAGAGGGUUGUGCAUAUUGGCUCUGUGGCUGGAUAUGUGCCAAACUUCAACGCUCCGCUCUAUGGAGCGUCCAAAUUCGGCAUCACGGGUUUCGUCAGAAGUCUCGCCCCGCUGGACGACAAGCACGGAAUACGAGUAAACGCCGUGGCUCCUGGGGUGGUCCGGACGCCAUUGUGGCUAGAGCACCCGGAGAAAAUGGUCAACCUCGAGACAGCCGAUGGAUGGGUUACCCCGGACGAGGUUGCUGUUGCGAUGCUCCAGUGUGCGGAGGAUAGUGAUCUGGUCGGCGGCACUAUCUUUGAGGUUGGGAAGGACAACGCUCGCUCCGUGCAGACUUUCAACGACCCGGGCCCGGACAGGGACCCAAAGAAGGGUCUGAUUACGAGGAACUCGAAAAAUGGCCAUGACAUGGUGUGGACAUGGCUCCAGGAUAAGUUUAAUCUCUCUUUAAUGUUGCUCCGGUUCAUCAAGAACCUCUGGAAUUCUUAG